AUGGCACCAUUCAAGGUCAUUAUCGUGGGAGGCGGACUGGCUGGAGCCCUUUUGGCAAACGGACUGCGGAACAACAAUGUGGACGUGACAGUGUAUGAACGAGAUGAGAGCGACAUGGAAAGAGAGGGAUAUCAGAUUCGGUUGGGUGAGUCUGCUAUGCUUGGAUUUCGCGCGUGUCUCAGAGGUCAGGAUAUUGCUGCUAUUUCGAAGAGCUUCGGUCAGUCUUCGGUCUCCGGCUCGACAGCACCGACAAUCAUGAAUUCUCGCUGCGAAGAGAUUCUUGAUUUGACAGCUAUACCUUCCUACGCCAAGUCGUUUGCCAUCAGUCGAGCUGUACUUCAUGACAUCCUAACUGAGCCACUUAAGCAGAAUGGACUCGUGAAGUACGGCAAUGCUUUCUUGCGGUACGAAAUCAUCCACGAGGCGGAUGGAGAUGAAAGAGUACGCGCUUAUUUUUCGGAUUCUUCCUUCGAUGACUGCGAUAUUCUGAUUGGUGCCGAUGGAAGUCGUUCUCAAGUGAACAAAGAAGUCGGGUUGCAGAACCUUGUCUCGAUCAACACUCAUUGGGCGUUUCUUGCAAAGGGGAGCCUUACUCUCAACCAGGUGUACGAACUUCCCAGUCAGUUGCGCCGGGGACCGAUCAUCGUUUUUGCAAAGGGAGCCACGCUAUAUUAUUCUCUUUAUCUUCCAUCUCUGCAGACUGAAGAUGGGGGCCAUUCAGGCAGUGAUCUGAAGGAAGCGUUCUUCUUCUGGGUUUUGAGCAUUCCAAGGGGCUACUCCCACUACAGAAAUGUGGCUGAGAUCCCCGACAAAUUUAGGUUUUGUCUGGAUUUCAUCCAGGACUGGGACCCAAGAUUUAAACGGUUGCUGCUGACAGCGGCAAAGGACGAUGGUACCGCGGAUAUAUAUGUAUCACCGCUACGAGCCAGCACCAAGCCCUCACCGCGCUGGCGUAGCAUAGUAGAGAGGACAGCGGAACCAUUUCGAGGGCAUCCAAGAGUUUGGCUGAUUGGGGACGCAAUCCACGCUAUGCAGGCAAAUCGCGGCCAAGGAGCAAAUCAGGCUCUGCACGACUGCGCCGAAGUUCUCCCCGAACUACUGUCAUUACAUGAAGCAGCAAAGACCGGUAUACCGCUUUCGACAGAGCAGAUUCGCGAGGCUUGUUCUCGUUAUGAAAACCAGAUGGCUGAGCGGUCUUUUGCUUGGGUAAAGAAAAGCGGAGGCACAUCGAUAGUCAAUCUUGACAUGGAUGGCUUCCUCGGAACGGUCGUAUACUAUGUUGGCAGGAUCUUGAUACCGAUUUGGUCCUUUCUACACAAAACUUUCAGAACCGAAACGCCAUGA